AACAACAUUUUAUAUAGCAGGGUUUUUUUUGCAUUAAUUUACUAUUUAAAUUUUGCACAAGCUCAACAGAAGCAUCCACAAGUAAGCCAAUGAACGAAGAUGUCAGGUUUUUUUAUGAGGUAGGUUUAAAAUAGCAAUGAAAUGCUCAACCAGACCCAACUUCCUGAACACCCGCCUCCUGAGAGUGGUGCUGGGAUCGUCGCCCUGAUCGCCAGUCAGACGGACAGAGAUGAGUUCUGUGCAGGAGGUAAACCCAAGGGUCCGGGGGAUCAGAGACCCAGUGAACCUGCAGAAUCUGGCUGCACAGAUCUCACAUCAGAUUGCACAGGGUGAGCAGAAAGCUUUUACAAAGGUGAUUGAUCUUAGCUCCUGUGAUCCCCACCGGACAGGGAUGCCACCCAUCUCAUUUGUUCGCCAGGUCUUAUCACUGUGUUGUUACCCGGAGCUCCUCAAAGAAGACAGCUUUCCUCUUGAUGUCAAGCAGAAGACACAGAAGCUUCUGGAAGCCUGUAAUGGAGGCAGCAUUGGUUCAUAUUCUUCCUCUACUGUUGGGUUACCUCCAAUCCAAAGAUCUGUUGCUGAGUUUCUCACAAGAAGAGAUGGUGGGAUAAAUUCAAAUCCAGAGGACAUAAUCUUAUCCAGUGGCUCACAGAAGACUUUGGCGAUGAUGAUACGUUUGCUGUCACGUGAGGAUGGACAGGAUGGUGUGUUGGCCCCCCUUCCAUUUCCACACACAUUACCCAUGCUGCUGGAUGAAGUGGGGGUGGAACUGGUGCCCUACAGGCUGACGGAGGAGCGAGGAUGGGCUUUAGACCUGGAAGAGCUGCACCGAGCCCUAAUGACCGCGAGGAGGCAGUGUGAUCCCAGAGCCAUUUACGUCAGUAACCCGGGAAACCCAACAGGUCAUGUGCAAGACAGAGAAACAAUAGAAAAAAUUAUUCAUUUUGCAGCAUCGGAGCGACUUGUUUUGCUAGUUGAAGAGGUUUACCAGGACAGUGUGUUUGGACAGGACAAAAAAUUUCUCUCAUAUAAAAAGGUCCUGUUUGAGAUGGGAGUUUCCUACUCAGAGACAGUGGAGAUGGUGUCAUUCCACUCAAUAUCGACAGCCACAAUGGGAGAGUGCGGUCUGAGAGGAGGCUAUAUGGAGUUAAUCAAUUUGGAUCCGGCGGUGAAAAAGUUUUUAUUCCAUGCUCCAGGCAGUCCUUCCAUUUUACCACAGCUGGCUAUGGAGAUCAUGGUCAAUCCACCUGCACCUGGAGAUGCUUCGUAUGAAAAAUACACACAGGAGAUUCUUCUGAGAGCAGAAACACUCUCCCAGAAUGCAGGACGAGCAUGCAAGCUUCUGAACUCCCUACCAGGGAUGAGCUGCCAGCCGGCGAUGGGAGGAGUCUUCCUUUAUCCUCGCCUGCAUUUACCUGCUGAAAUCAUUGAGGAGGCCAAGAUGUUACGACUGUCAGCAGAUGUUCUGUACUGUCGGAGGUUACUGGAGGAAGAAGGUAUUUGUUUGGGGCCUGGCUGUGAAAACGGACACAAUGAUGAAAACUUUCACAUCAGAUUUUGUGUUUUAGCACCUCCUGCUGUCCUGGAGGACGUCCUGACACGUCUUUGUUCUUUUCACCGUCAUCUCCUCAACAGAUCUGACUGAUGAAAUCUGAAGGACACCAAGAGAAAAAGAAUCUUUUAAAACUUUUGUCUAAAAAGGUUUCCAAAACUAUGAAACCAUGGAAACCCUGCUAUCAAUAUUUUCAGAUGAACAUAUUAUGAUAAUGAGGUAAUUAUCUCAUAGAAUAAAAUCAGCACUUUUGUCACUGCUGAGGCAUUUGUCUUGGGGAACAAAUAAAAUUGUCCACUAAGAUUUACUUUUAAACAAUAAAUAAACACAACUUCAAUUUUAAAUUGUAGAAACGUAUAACUGUUUUAUUUUAAAAACACUCAAUGUAAAAGCAAAAUAAAUAACAACAACCUAUUGUUCUCCUCUGGGAGGAGACUCCAGGGCAAGUCCUGCUUACGCUUGAGGAACAUUUUAUCCCUUCUCGCUUGGAAACAUCUCAGAGUCACCCAAGAUGAGCCGCAGAGUGUUGCCAGGAGAAUGUUUGGGUUUCCCCCCAGAACCUGUUACCCUUCUGACCCAAUAUUGGAUAUGCAGAAAACAGUGAAUUGUUGGUUGGACAGAACAUCUCUGCAGGUAAUAGCUUCAGUGCAUACAACCCAGUAAUGCAAAAAAGUUAUAAGGUUACACAGCAAAAAAAUUAAAAAUUAAAGAUGAAAUGAAGGUCCACUGACCACAGUGACCCCCCUAUGUUGGAGCCCUCCAUCAGGGCACCAUCGUGUGGGUGAACCUUGAAGGAGAGUCACUUGCUCCUCAGCACUGAAAAGUUUGUUGAUAGGAUUUGGGCACUUAACAAACAUGUUUCCAGCUACAAUAAGCUUUUCUCUUGCUCUCAGUUGGUGUUUUUACUGCAGCAGGUUUCACCCAGCUCUAACGAUUCAGGUCACUUUUCUGGGAAGAUUUGUCAGCUACUCCCAUUCAGACUGAUUGUCACAGUUCACCAGGACCUGUAAAGCAGCAGAAGAAAAGAUCCUUAGUUAAGACUUUGGCAAAUAGAGAGGGCCUUCACUACUGGAAGUAUCAUUUAAGCUAAACCCAUUUGAAUUGAGCUGACAAAAUGGCCUAGGACAGGGGUCUGCAACCCACAGCUCAAUGGAUUUUCCAAAUAAAAUAAUAAAAUAAUAAGCUCCCAAGAAGAAUUCCCACCACAAAACAUUCCUAAUAGUUCCUGUUUUAAAAUCUAUAUUUUUGUCAUUAGAUUGAGAACUGUGUCGGUACUAUACUUUUCAUAAAAAUCAGCUAGCCACAGAAGAAGUUUUGUGCAAAAUGUAAAUAAAAUGGUAGCUAUUCAAGAAUGACAACACAUUUCCUACAGUAGAUUUUUGUCAAAAUUAUAAGCUGUCAUGUUUGGAAAGGUUUUGCAGCUCUAAACACGUUUUAAUAAGUUUAACUAUAAGAGCAAAAAUUGUAAAGGUUUCAGUCUCUGGCCUAGAAAUUGAAUGUGGUGUUAUAUGUCGUAUUCACCACCAGAUGUCACUGCAAACUUGGAUUUUCGCCAAGCAGAUUUCACAGAAGCUGGAGUUUUACUGAGUUUUACUAAUCAGGCAUGUGUGUCUACUUAAUGGGCGUUUUAUUAUGCAAGUUCAUAUGACUUUGUUCUAUUAAAAACGUCAAAUGCA